ACCAGCAGAACGGGAGUCAUCGCAGAAAUCAUGGAGGAACGUCAGAAUGGAAUUUCCUUAGAUUUGUUCCUGCAUUGCUCUCUUGUUCCUGCUGUCUGCAUUGUGUUUCUGCUUUCAUUUGUACAGCGCAGAGCGAAGGCGCAGCCCUUUGAGAAUCGCUUUCCGUAUCUCAGGGGUCGAUUUGGCAUUGUGGUUCCAUUGGAUUUCAUCGGCAAUCUAAGUAACCGAUGGUCUUAUGGUUUUGCAUUUGGUGCUAUUGCUCCCAGUGUGAUUCAGCUUUUCUCUGAGUCCUACACACCAUUUAAUGUGCCUAACUGGGCUAAAGCUGUUUUGUACCUGGUAGGAGCGAUAGAAGUUGGUGUGGCGUACCUGCCAUUCUUUGCUUGUCUGUCAACGCCACACCGAGCACUAGGAGGGGCUUUAGGUCUUCUAUACACACUCAUGUGGCUCAUUGUGAGACUGUAUGACACGAUAAGCUGUCCCUCUGGAAGGGUUUUAGGUCCUUACGAGAAAUGGAUCAUUCUGUGGCCGUUCUUUCUGUGCCUGCUUUUCCUGCUGGGACGGUUUGUGUAUAUCAUUGUGAAGGCAGUAAGAAUCCACCUGCAGCUACAAGCUGAUGAGAAUGAGGAGGAUCUACAAUUCCAUCAGUUCAGAUAUGUACAGACUCUACUGAAACGCCCCUCUGAACAGCCGGAAGAAAAGAGUUGGUUCAGAAGAAAAAUGUAUGACUGGGAUCCUCACUUUAAAUUCCCUAACAGAAUGAUUGGCACAUGCAUUAUCUCUUUGAUUGGUUUGUACAUGAUGACCCUAGCGGACUACGGCUUGAGUGACUACACCUUUGACAAACUAGAUGCUUUGAAGGACUCACUUGCAGAGAUAGCAUCAUCCUGUAAUCAUACAGACAACAUUUUCACAUCCCUCAUUCCCAGAAUGAAUGAGUUCGGCAUUGUUGCACGAAGGUCGUGGCUGGCGACAACCAUUUUUUCCACUCUGACGUCUGUUACUUACACAUUUCAUGUGCUAGUAUGUUACAGGAAACAUUUAAAGAGGUUGUGGAGGGGGCAAAAAACUUUUCUUCCUGAGAAGUUCCAUAAACCAAGUCCUGCAGUCAGCGUGGCUGCUAUAACAAGAUAUUCAGGCUGGCAGAUUGCCUUCACUCUGUGGGGGUUUCUGAUAGUUCACUUUGUGCAGUUUCUUUUUGCCUUAAUGUUUGUGUAUGGAGUUGUUCUACCAAUCCAGAAGGGGCAAUUUCUCAGCUGGCUUUCUAGUGUUGGCGUCAUUCUGCUCACAAUAUCCAUAGUUAUAGCCUUGGUGGUAGGGCAGAUUAUUCUGGUCCAAGUGUUUUUCCUGCAGGACAAACUCUCACCUGAAGACAAAGAAAAGCCUCUUGCAAUCAACAACAGAAAAGCGUUCCACUGCUUUAACUACUUUUUCUUCUUCUAUAAUGUAAUUAUGGGGUUGAGCAACUGUAUUUUGCGCCUUUUAAGCAGCUGCAUUGUGGGUACAUGGCUGGUGUCGCGCAUUGAUCGGACCAUCAUGCAGCGCGGCUAUGAGUCCAUGGAUCCAGGAUAUAGCACAUGGAUAGGGAUGAUAUUUGCUGAUCAUUACCACAGCAACCCAGUUAUGGUGUCUUUCUGCCAUCUACUGCUUGGGAGAAUAGUGGAGAAACGGGGACCUGCAGUGCCCUCUUAUGCAACUUUUAGCAAUAACACAGGAUGUUCAGGAGGGGGCAGAGUACGCGUGCGCUGGCUGCUGCUUUACACACUGCUGAGGAACCCUGCACUCAUCCUGAUGAGAAAGAGAAAAACACUGACACAGAACGACAACCAAGACCCACUUCUCUUGGCCCGAACCAUCACAUCACAGGCUCAACAAGCAAAUGAACUGGUCAACAACAAAACUCCCGAAACAGAACCAAGACAGUUAGACAUCUGAAAGAACUUUAGCUCUUGAAACUGGUUCCUGGAAAGCAGAGCAGUGUAAGGGUGUCUAUCUGUGUGAAGACAGACAGCAUGAUUCAAAACUGAAGAUUGUGUCUGAAACUUUGAGGUCAUCCACUGUAUGCUGUUGCACUACUGACAAAAGAGACUUCUGUCUUCCUUUUUGAUACAAAGAACCAAAAUGAUUGAUGAAUCAUCUGCAUGUCAAAUUUUUUUGACCAAUAAAAUGUUCUCUAGAAUGAGAAUGUUCCCGUUAAUUUGUAACUUCACUCAUCAAAGCCAUUAAACAAACUCAAUUUUAUCAGCGAACUGGACUGAGAAAAUCCUGGAUUCGGUUGUAUGUACAGGGUUAAUGCUUUUCAUGAGCUUCUGUAACAAAUUUUAAUGUUUGAUUUGUUCAGUGGUAUUGGUCAGUAUUUUUGUAAUAAAAAUAUGAAAUAUU